GGCCAUCCCUUCCGUUCAUCUGCUUCACCGCAUUCAUUUUUCGAUCUGGCAAUGCAUCGAGUAGCUUCCAAACUAGCGUCGUCCAUCGGCUCCUCCUCUUCCAAAAAACUUGUAUGUAAUCGGAUAAUAUCCAACAGAAAUUAUGUGGCAAAAGAUAUCAACUUUGGAAUUGGGGCACGCGCUGCUAUGCUUCAAGGGGUUUCUGAGGUUGCAGCGGCUGUAAAAGUAACAAUGGGACCUAGGGGCCGCAAUGUAAUCAUUGAGAAAAGUCAUGGAAAACUCAAGAUUACAAAGGAUGGAGUGACCGUUGCCAAAAGUGUCAAAUUUGAAGACAAGGCCAAAAAUCUUGGUGCUGAUCUCGUGAAGCAGGUGGCUAAGGCUACCAAUACUGCUGCUGGCGAUGGUACCACUUGUGCAACUGUUCUUACACAGGCUAUACUUACAGAAGGUUGCAAAGCAAUUGCUGCUGGUGUAAAUGUCAUGGAUUUGCGAAAUGGUAUAAAUAAGGCAGUUGAUGCUGCUGUUGGAACUAUAUCUGCUAAUGGAGAGUGUGAUAUUGGGGAGCUUAUUGCAAGAGCAAUGGAGAAAGUUGGAAAGGAGGGAGUCAUUACUGUUGCUGAUGGGAACACUUUGCAUAAUGAGUUGGAAGUGGUAGAAGGAAUGAAGCUGACCAGAGGCUAUAUAUCUCCUUAUUUUAUUACUGAUCAUAAGACCCAGAAAUGUGAAUUGGAGCAUCCCCUUAUACUAAUCCAUGAGAAGAAAAUAUCAGAUAUGAGCUCACUGGUGAAAAUAUUGGAGCUAGCAAUGGAGAAGCAUAGGCCACUCCUUGUUGUUGCGGAGGAUGUUGAGAGUGAGGCUCUGGCUAUGCUUAUACUCAACAAGCAUCGUGCUGGGCUUAAGGUUUGUGCUGUAAAAGCUCCUGGUUUUGGAGAAAAUAGAAAAGCUGGUUUAGAUGAUCUAGCCAUUCUUACGGGAGGAGAGGUCAUUACAGAAGAACGAGGUUUGACUCUAGAUAAAGUCCAGCUAGAAAUGCUUGGUUCUGCCAGAAAGGUUACUGUUUCUCUUGAUGAUACCAUUAUUCUACAUGGCGGUGGGGAUAAGAAGCUCAUUGAAGAUAGAUGUGAGCAGCUCAGGGCAGCAAUUGAAAAGAGCACUGCCACAUUUGAUAAAGAGAAAGCACAGGAACGACUAUCAAAGCUUUCUGGUGGUGUAGCUGUUUUCAAGGUUGGAGGGGCUAGUGAAACAGAAGUUGGGGAAAGGAAGGAUAGGGUAACUGAUGCUAUAAAUGCUACAAGAGCAGCCGUGGAGGAGGGAAUUGUGCCAGGCGGUGGAGUUGCUCUCUUAUAUGCUAGUAAAAUAUUGGGCAACCUUCAAACCCGAAAUGAGGAUGAGAAGAGAGGAGUGGAGAUAAUUCAGAAUGCACUUAAGGCACCUGCAUUCGCAAUAGCUUCUAAUGCUGGUUUUGAUGGUGCUUUAGUUACUGGGAAAUUGUUGGAACAAGACGAUGAUAAAUUUGGUUUUGACGCCGCUAAAGGUGUUUAUGUUGACAUGGUGAAGUCCGGAAUUAUAGAUCCUCUUAAAGUUGUCAGAACAGCAUUGGUUGAUGCUGCCAGGUGA